AUGUUCUGCCAAAAUAUCCGGCGAUUCGGCACCACAGCACUCCGUGCAGUAGAAGGAUCAACCGCCUAUAGUGUCCGAGUGUCGCAGGCUCAAGGAGUUGUGAAUGGUCUCACCGAAGCAAUUGGGAAUACACCUCUUAUUCGUUUGAAGCGCAUUUCCGAGCAGACCGGCUGCAAUGUCCUCGGUAAAGCCGAGUUUCAGAACCCAGGUGGUAGCGUGAAGGACCGGGCCGCAUUGUUCGUCGUCAAGGAUGCAGAAGAGAAAGGUUUGCUGAAGCCCGGUGGUACAGUGGUUGAGGGAACGGCCGGCAAUACAGGGAUUGGAUUGGCGCAUGUGUGUCGGUCCAAGGGAUACAAGCUUGUGAUUUACAUGCCCAAUACUCAGUCGCAGGGGAAGAUCGAUCUGUUGCGACUUCUGGGUGCUGAGGUGUACCCGGUUCCUGCUGUGGCCUUCGACAACCCGCAGAACUACAACCAUCAGGCACGGAGACAUGCGGAGUCUCUGGACAACGCAGUGUGGACAAACCAAUUCGACAACAUAGCCAACCGUCAAGCUCACAUUGAGACAACCGGACCUGAGAUUUGGGCGCAAACCGGGGGCCAAAUCGAUGCAUUCACCUGUGCGACAGGAACGGGAGGAACUCUAGCGGGAAUUACCCGCUACUUGAAGACCGUGAGUGAUGGCCGCGUUAAGAGCUUCCUUGCCGAUCCCCCCGGCAGUGUCCUCCACAGCUAUCUCCAAAGCGGCGGCAAUUUAAUCGAACGUUCCGGAAGCAGUAUCACCGAAGGUAUUGGACAGGGUCGGGUCACCGACAAUCUGCAGCCGGACAUUGAUUUGCUGGAUGGAUCUUUGAACAUCAGCGACGAGAAGUCGAUCGAGAUGGUAUAUCGCUGCCUCGAUGAGGAGGGUAUCUAUCUAGGAGCUAGCUCGGCGCUAAACGUGGUUGCUGCCAAAGAAGUCGCGGAGAAAAUGGGCAAGGGAAAUACAGUAGUGACCAUACUCUGUGACGGCGCGUACCGGUAUGCAGACCGUCUGUUUUCCAACACAUGGCUGGAGAGUAAGGGUCUACGGAGCGCUAUUCCCAAGCACCUUGAGAAGUACAUUGUGCUGCCAUAA